UAAAUAUGCUUACCGCGGGGAGCACCGGAUACAAUCUGUCAGUGAAUAUUCCUCGUUGUGCGGAGACGUUCAACCCCCCCCCCCAACCUCAGUGUCCGUCAUGUCUGCGCUCGUGCUGAUAGACCUGACCUACGGCUGCUGCCCCGCGUGCACCGGUGAGUCUCUACGGGAGGAGUCCGAGUCAGGCUCGCGGGUUUUCCUGCUGUGUGGGGAGCGUUACCGAAACUCAAACAACAUUUCAAACCUGAGCUCGUGCAGCAGCAGCAGCAGCAGCAGUAAUGGUAGAAAAAGCGCAUGCGUGCUGGACUCGGCCUCCACAGCAGAAAGUUUGUACCGGUUUAAAGAGACCCUGGACCAGCUGGACCAGAGCUCGGUCCGGGUCAUCACGUCCCCGCGGGGGCGACAGGUGCUGCAGAUGUACCAGCAGCUACUUUUUACCGCCGUGUACACAUUCGAGUACAAGGUGGUCGACCUCACCUGUGCCAGCUGCACACAAUCUGCCCACAAGGACUCACCUGAUGACGUAGAAGAAGACGUGACCGCGUUUGUGCGGCAGCUUCCGGCGCUGAGAGGAGAGCUGAGAGUCCUCAGGUCUACCCUGAUCCCAGAAUGUUUCGGUCACGGCUUCAGCACGCGUGGCGGUGGCGUGUCCUCGAUCCCGACCAUGUCCUCGUUGAACCUAUUCAGCAGCCGCCGGAGGAGGGACCCCAUCGCCGUGGUGACGGAGAACAGACGCCGUCUGGCCCUCCACGCGGGUUUCCCUUCUGAGCAGUUCCGUCUGGUCAAGGUCAAUCACGCCUCUGACGUUUGGGUUUUGGGGAAAGAGGAGCCGGAGAGUUAUGACGCCAUGGUAACCAACCAGACCGGUGUGGUCAUCGCCGCCCCGGGAGCCGACUGCAUGCCGAUCCUGUUCGCCGACCCUGUGGCUAAAGUGGUAGGAGUCGCACAUGCAGGAUGGAAAGGCACCCUGAUGGGGGUUGCCAUGGCGACGGUGGAGGCCAUGGUGAGAGAGUUUGGUUGCCGUGUGAGUGACAUCCUGGUUGCCGUGGGACCGUCGGUGGGGGCGUGUUGUUUCACUCUGGUCAGAGAUCAGGCGCUCGACUUUCACAGCAUCCACCCCGACUGUGUCCCCGACCUCGAGUCAGAGAUGCCGCACGUCAACAUCCGGCUCGCCAACAGACUCCUCCUCCAGUGUGGCGGCGUGCUGCCGGAGAACAUCCACGACGACACGGUGACAGCGCGUCCGUCUGUGACCCCCUGCACCUCCUGUCACCCCGAGCUCUUCUUCUCUCACCGCAGAGACGGGAUGGAGUUCGGCACUCAGGUGGGCAACCUGUGGAUCAGAGAGACAGGGACACGGGCGUGACCCUGCCCCCCUCCGAGGAGCGAUCAUCUGGUGCUCUGCUGUUUGGACUGAAAAUAAAUCUCUUUUUACUUUAAAUCAAGACAUGAAUUGUUCAGCGCCCUGUGUCAGCGGCUCUGAACGGUGUAGAGUCUGCACUAAACUCUUCAUGUAAACUAGUCUGUAUCUUAAGCGGGGUCAUUGCUUGGUUACCAUAGAGACGUAAGGUUCGUCUUAACUAGUAGAGCGUUACAUCCAAACUAAACUAAACAUGUCAGAAUUGAGGUUUGAACUUGACGUGACCAAUCAGUGAGCAGCAUGUUUCUUAAAUAACAGUGACAUCUAGUGGUGAAAUCUUCUAACUACAACAAAAGGUCAUUUAAUAGUCCUCUCUGAUUGGACGAUGAAAUUAUCUGGGCUUAUGGAAGAACAGCAGUUUUACACUGUGGUAGUUUAACCCCUCUGUUCUGAUUUUCAUAUCAAAGUGAAAUAAAUGAAGCCGCUCGGCAUAAUUAUUCUUU